UAACCGGAAGUGGAGGCCGGAGCUGCAGGAGAAGAAGAAGACGCCGCUGCUGAUGACACCAGCGAAGGAAAAGUAAUCUCCCACUGGUGAGGCCGCUGCUUCUUCCAGCACAUCGACCCGCUCGAGCUGAAGUUGACCCCAUCUGACCCAGCUUCACCGGUCUUCUCCACUAAACCCAAGCCCUAAAGUCGACCACACGCCCUCUUCCCCCUGCACCGUCUUCGUUCCCACAGUUUUAAACACUGCAGCAUGGCAGGGCGAGGCGGACCAGCACGGACCAACGGCACUGCUGCAAGCAACAAGAUCUGUCAGUUUAAGCUGGUGCUGUUAGGGGAGUCGGCCGUGGGCAAGUCCAGCCUGGUGCUGCGCUUCGUCAAAGGCCAGUUCCACGAGUACCAAGAGAGUACCAUCGGAGCUGCCUUCCUCACACAGACGGUAUGUUUGGAUGAUACAACGGUCAAGUUCGAGAUCUGGGACACUGCAGGGCAAGAACGGUAUCACAGCUUGGCCCCCAUGUACUACAGAGGAGCCCAGGCUGCCAUCGUGGUCUUUGAUAUCACCAACACAGAUACAUUCACUCGUGCAAAGAACUGGGUAAAGGAGCUCCAGCGACAAGCCAGCCCCAACAUCGUUAUCGCACUGGCAGGAAACAAAGCAGACUUGGCCAACAAGAGAGCUAUAGAUUUUCAGGAAGCACAAACAUAUGCAGAUGAUAACAGUUUGCUCUUCAUGGAGACUUCAGCCAAGACCGCUAUGAAUGUCAAUGAGAUUUUUAUGGCCAUAGCCAAGAAGCUUCCGAAGAGCGAGCCGCAGGGCGGGACGGGCACCAGCGGGCGAGCCAGAGGCGGCGUGGACCUGCAGGAAACCGCGCCGCAGGGCAGAAGCAGCCAGUGCUGUGGGAACUAAUCAAUCAGCUGAUCCAACCAGCCCACAGCUCCAAUCCAGCGGACCAGAUAUCAGCCAGCUGUCAAAACCACAUCCCAUUGGUCAAAAUCAACCCGUGACCGGACCAGCCCGCCCCAUCAGCACCAACUUACUGUUUGGCAGACAAGUCCACUGGCCAGUAAGCUGCGAGACCCCACUGAUGGUUGCAACUGGUGGAUCAAGCAACCGACAGACCAACGAAUCAAUCAAAUUACGCGCAAUUACAGAAUCAAGUUUGAAUCCCCGGACCUGCCAACCCACGACCUCUCUUCUGAUGAUGGACACUUGACGUCACCUUGGAGGGGGGCAAAAUAUAUCCUGUUCAUGGAAGGGGGUGGGGGGAGAAAAAGAUUAGUCAUUACCAGUGGCACUUAAUAACGCCUUCUUGUUCAUUUUUCUGUGUUUGUGUAGAGGAAAAUAAAUGAAUACAACAGAGAGGAGUAUAAACAGGCUCGCUGGCCCUGUCCUUUCUCUGCGCCUCCUCGCUUUCCAAAUACACCAGAAAUGUUUCCAUCAGGGUCACGUGACGCUUGAUUUACGGUGCCUGCAGCAUCCUUCACUUUUCUGUCUUGUUCCUGGUCAACUACCUGAAUACAAUGAGGUUUGUUUUUGUUUUGUUUUCCCCCCAGGAGAGCAGGACCAGACACAUUUCUUCCUCGAUGGUGAUCUGUAGAUUGAUUGAUUGAUUUUCAUUAACACUUAUCUCGCUAUUAUUGCUUUUGACACAGACUGGUCAGUAAUGGUUUUAAAACCUGGAGCUCAAAGGUUUUAUGAUCAUCUGUUAUCAAAUCAUAUGCAGUAAAAAAGUACUUUGACAUUGUCACCCACACAUAAUUUUAGCAUUAAUGUAAUGUUUGUAAAAGGGCAAAUGCAUAAAAGAUUUGUCAUCUUGACCAAAAUCACAACUGUAUUGAAAACAUUGUUGUAUUUGGAAAAUACUUUUCAGGUUUAUAAUCAAUCUGUAGUUAUUGUUGAGAACAAUAUCUUCCCAAUCUUUACACAUUUUGUCAGGCUUAAUUAUCUUGUGAUGUUUCUUUUUCUUAUGUCUUAAUUGUUAUUUUUUUUCCUCUGGAGAUUUAUGGUAUUAAAUGCACUGGUUUUCUCAUCACCUUUGAGAAUUGAGACGCUAUCUUCAGUUUCUUUUCCAUUUCUCCGUCUUUAUUUUUGCAGUUCAGAUCAGGGAGGAAUUGGGUUUCAACAGUUUUGCCGUCCUGUAAUGGCAUCAACACCUAGCACAACAGAACCUGCUGUUUGGUGGGAGAAAAUGACAGGCAAGGUUGGGGUCAAUUGAGAUUGGAAAGUGUAAUUUUACCAAUAAACAAGGGGGAAGGUA